UUCCAUUUCAUCCUCUCUAAAUCAGACCUUAUUUCACUUUGGGCGCACUUAUGCAAUGAGUAUGAAGUUUUCGUCUUCAUCAGUCUGGUCAUGCAAGGAGAUUGGAUAUGGAGAUGAUGGGGUGAUUUUCACAACUAGUAGCAAUGCAAAAUAUCCAGAAAAAAUGUUUCACAUAAGCCCUAAUUGUAAAGCUGAGGUUUUAAGAGCUACCAUGUCACCACCACCUUUUCCUCUGUCUGGUUCUUCAACAAAAACUCACAGGGCUUGCUUUCCCUUCAACCCCAUCUCAUGGAAUGGCAAAACAUUGGGUCUUUCUCUUCAGGCAUUUCCCCCAUCAUCCUCUGGACAUGUGCCAUCAGAGAAAAGUGAUGAUGGAAGUGAAAACCUGACCCUUGAAAGUAUAAGACGUAGUUUAAUUCGUCAAGAGGAUAGCAUAAUCUAUAGCCUUUUGAAGAGAGCACAACAUUUAUACAAUGCAAAAACAUACGACCCUGAAGACUUCUCCAUGGAUGGAUUUCAUGGCUCGUUGGUUGAAUACUUGGUCAGGGAAAGUGAGAAGCUUCAUGCAAAGGUUGGCAGAUACAUGUGCCCUGAUGAGCAUCCUUUCUUUCCUCAUGACCUACCUGAAUCAAUGUUACCUUGUCAUUACGCUCAGGUAUUGCAUCAUAAUGCGGAUUCAAUUAAUAUAAAUGAUCAAGUCUGGAUGAUGUAUUUUGGAGAUCUUAUCCCAAGAUUAGCCAAGGAAGGAGAUGAUGGCCAUUAUGAAUCCACUUCUAUUUGUGAUAUAAUGUGCUUGCAGGCUCUCUCAAAGAGGAUUCAUUAUGGAAAAUUUGUAGCUGAGGCAAAAUUUCAAGCAAAUCCGGAUAACUAUAAAGAUGCCAUUUUAGCCCAGGACAAGGAUAGGUUGAUGGAUAUGCUAACAUAUCCGAAAGUUGAAGAGGAAAACAUGAUAAGAGUAGAGGAAAAGGCCAAAAAAUUUGGCCUAGUAGUGGAUUUAAAUGCAAAGAAGCCUCGAGCUGAGCCACUGUACAUAAUAAAUCCAAGUGUGGUUUCAGAUCUGUAUGGCCAUUGGGUCAUGCCAUUGACAAAGGAAGUGCAAGUUGCAUAUUUAUUGAGGAGGCUGGACUAAACAUAUAGUAAGAGUUCUUGGUUAUGUUGGUGGUAGAGAACCAAUAAUUCAUGUAUAUAAAUAAAGCUUAGACUGAGUAAUAAUGUCUUUGAAUGGACUUGAAUUUGAUAGAAAUUAACAAACACCGUUUUCUUUCUUUGGAUGAUGUCUUUUAUAUCCUAAGGAUUUGCAAUUUGCAAAGGAGCAUGUUGGGGUUGUGUUCUUAUAACAUAGUUUGUCUUUGAACAUCUUUUUCUGUGUUAUUUUUAUUGUAAAUUUCGUUCA